ACUGACAGCUCUGACCCACAUACACACACACAAACACACACCAGCUUCCUUUAAUGAUUUAUUCAGAGUAAAUCUACAGAUGGCUUAAAGUCAGAAGACCUCAUCAUCGUGGAGAAGUUAGAGGUGGCCUCGCCUGGUGAUGACUAUAUUGUGAUCAUCUGACUUCUGUCUUUUUUUUUCAAAUGACUAAAAUGAACGCUUAUCUAAAGUUGGUUAUUUAACUUCCUCACGGUCUGCUCUUCCAACAUGGACUUUGUUUUGGUUUACACACUGAUACUUGCCUUACUUUCCAUCGGACAGAGUUGCACUGAGGGAAUAGAAAAAAACGAUUCAUGUUAUGAAGUGUGCCCACCUGGAUAUUAUCAUUUUGGUAACUGUGAUGAUCAAGCUGCAAAGUACAGAUGUAAGAAGUGCGGUACUGGCACAUUCACAGCCAUAAAGAACACUGCAAAGGCAUGCAUUAGAUGUGGCGUAUGUGGUAAUUUUGAGGUGGUAAAAACACAGUGCACCUGUGAUAGUGAUGUGAAAUGUGACUGUAUCAUGGGAUACUACUACAAUGGAAAUCCUUCCAUCGUUGAAAGGGCUUGCCGGAAAUGCAAUUCUAAAUACUGUAAAGAGAUUGAUACGAAGCCUGACUACAAAAGGAAUUGCCAGUCCUUCUGCCAGAGCAAGGAGUGUUUAGAACUCCCAGCACCUGCAUUUCCACCUUCUCCAAAUAUAUCUACAGCUGCAACUAUACCAACAUCUUCAAGGAUUUAUGUGAUACCAGCUCCAAAAAACAAGAAGGAAAUGGUCUGGCAGUAUCCCGUGCUGGUCGUGGGGACAAUUCUGGUCUUUCUUGGGCUCGUGCUCUGCGUCAGGAACCUGUUCGCAAACCCAGACAAGUGUCUCUGCUGGAGUGUAAACAAAGACCUGGAGCUGCCUGUCGAGGACCCCAAAUUCAACGAACAACGCAGUCAUCAAGACAGCAGCCCGAACACUUUGACAUUUAGCAUAACUGAGGAAACUCCCAUGAUGACUCUCAAUCAGAGUCCAGCCACGCCAGAACAUCCAGCCCACAGCAGUGCUCUAGUACCAGACGGUGAACACAAAGCUGCCAAACAAAAUGAGCAAUCGGAGCACUGGCCGGCCAUCGUCCUCUACACCAUUAUCAAGGAGGUGCCCCUGCGUAGGUGGAAGGAGUUCUUGCGUCUGCUCUCGGUGACGGAUCAACAGCUGGAGCGCGUGGAGUUGGAGGCCGGUUUGGGUCUGGGCUCCAUUGAGAGGCAGUACCAGAUGCUGAGGCUGUGGAGCCAGUGCUCCUCUGCGAGCCUGAAUAAUGUCUUCUCGGCCUUGGACUACAUGGAUUUAUCCGGCUGUGCCCAGCUGCUGCAGGAAAACCUGGAGAAGCUGCAGUGGAAGCUUUAACUGAAGCAAGGGCUCACAGCCUGCAUAAGUUACAUGGGAGACAACAGUGCUUCAACCAAGGCCACCAGUUUCUGGAAAGGAUGUUACAAACUGUAGCUAUUGUACAACCACAGACAGAAAUUAUGUCACAAAUGACUCAUACUGAGUCAUGCAGCUGUGUCUAAUAAUCUAGCUAAGAGUUAAAUGGCAUUACAGAGCACGGUAGAGAUCCUGAUAGGGGUAUUUCCUUUUUUUCCCUACUUCUUUUAUUGGUUAAAUAUCAUCAAAUGCACUCAAGAUACAUGUAUAAUGUUUCCUUUCUUGAGUCUUUAUUGGGUUUAGCUCCAAAUUGACACUUAAAAUGCAGAAUUUAUUUUACACAUAAAAAAGAAAUAGGUUUCAGCUGUAGAAGUGGCUUCCUCCAAUGCAUGUGACAACAACAGCAAUAACAACAACUACAAUUUUAAAGCAGGGCGUUUUGGCUUGUUAACACUCAGGCAGAACUCUAGUAAUCUUGGUGGAGAUUUAAAGAAGGGGGAAUCUCCUUCUCUCUAGCACACCACCUUAGCUCCACUCUCUUGUGUGCCGUCUCUUAAAGACCGACUGUUAGGUUAGACUCUUCUUCAGUUUAUGUAUUUAAACUGUGUGAACAUUUUUGUGUACUAUGUAUGAUGUUUGAGCAGCACGUCUGACAUCUCCGUCAUCUCCUUUGAGAAUGAAAAUCUAUUAUUAGAACUCAGUCACUCAUUCUUGUUACGCACCCUCGUAAGGAAAGAAUACUGAAAUCCCCACAGGAUGUCAGAUUUUCAGUUUCCUGCAAAUAUAGGGUGUCAGGGUGCAGUAGGCCGGGUUUUUCUUCACCACAAAUAUUCCAUCUAAACUGAUGGUUUCCUGUUGUGAGGUUGGGGUAUCUCACUUUGAGAGCUUUUGUGUGUCAUUUCAGCUACUGACAGUAAAGGACUUGGACUUUCCAGUUAAAUCCAGUAAAUUAUUGUUUUAUUAUAAAUCUAGGUCUGUGGGUUUUUGCCUUUGGUCCUUGUGAAUUACAGUAUGUGUUUGUAUAUAUUUUAUAACUAUUGUGUUUAAUUUUAUUACAUUUUGCAUAUUUUAAUAGAAAGUUCAAUGAGUCGAUUAUUAUACUGAAACUGUCAGGGUUAGGAAUUGUAUCCUCACUGGAGUAACCUAUGCUAAAAAUGUGUAGUAACAUGGUACUCUAAGAGCCUAAGUGUCAUCAUACAGUAUGUCAUAAAUAAAGCUUGUGGCCACCAGGUGGGAGCAUUGGCUAAUUGUUUGAACAGCAGCAGCUGGUGUGCAGUUUUGUGCACAGGACUCCAUACAAAGAAAAUGCAUG